UGGUUGUGGGUUGUGAUUUUUGUGACAAUUCUUUUCUCGCCAUUUUAAUAAAUGUGGCUCUAAAAUAGGACUCUUUCUCUUUGUCUAAGUGUUGGCUAGCUAUUAGCUAACUGCUGGUUCAUUGUUCUUUUCUCUCUUUCUUUUUUUCUGUGCGUGACAAUGGAAGGUGGACUUCCCAUGCUUAACUGUCUCUUGCAGCACACAUUGAGGAGCCUCUGUACGUGUCCAGAUUUUUCCAAUUCUUCCAAAUGGGUUUAUGCUGUCUUUUGGAGGAUACUACCUAGGAAUUACCCCCCACCAAAGUGGGAUUAUGGAGGCACUGCCCUUGAUCGCUCCAAAGGAAACAAAAGAAACUGGAUCCUUGUUUGGGAGGAUGGGUUCUGUGAUUUCUAUGAAUGUGAAAGAGCGGGAAGUGGGUACAUGAAGGGGAGGUUUGGAUCAGAUGUUUUCUUCAAAAUGUCUCAUGAGGUCUAUAAUUAUGGAGAAGGGUUAGUAGGGAAAGUUGCAGCAGAUAACAGUCACAAAUGGGUGUUCAGAGAAACCCCUAGUGAGAGUGAUCCUAACCUCAUCUCCUCGUGGAAUAUGUCUAUUGAGCCUCAACCGAAGGCGUGGGAAUUUCAGUUCAAUUCAGGCAUUCAGACAAUUGCCAUCAUUGCAGUCAGAGAAGGCAUCAUUCAGUUGGGUUCAUUUGAUAAGAUUGUGGAAGAUCUCAAUCUCGUGAUCAAUCUACAGAGGAAAUUCAGCUAUCUCCAGAGCAUACCAGGAGUGUUUGCCAUGCAAAGACCAUACCUACCCAUCCAACAUCCAUACAUUCUGAAGCCAAAUACCCGGAUGUUAGAAAGCCAAGAAACAGCUUUCUCAAUUGAUGAUAAGCACCAAAUAACUGGAGUAAAGAGAUUGUUCGAUGAAAGGUUGGAUGAUUAUGCUAUCAAAUCCAUCAACUUAGGUUGGAACAGCCCACAAAAUGGCAUUACAGGAUCACCCAUUUGGUCAAUUCCACCUCUUUUGCCCACUAUGUCUUGCAGCCUUGGAGCUUUGCUAUCGAAGCUACCUUCAGUCAUCCCAUCCUAUGGUACCCUGGAAGCCCUUGACUCAGCUCUGCUUAACAGCAAUAAUAAUAACAGUGCAAGCCAGAAAGCCAAGCUAAGUAGUUGUGGUUUAGCUAGUGAAGCACAACUUGCUAAUACAAAAGUUGAGUCCUCUGGCCAAUUAGAUGGAGGAAAACCCAGUUCUGUAAAACCUAAUUCAGAGUUGGAAAACGGGGCAGUUGGCUUUGGACACCCGAUCAAGGGAGAAAGUACACUAAACCUCAGUUAAUUAGGAGCAACAAAUUGCAUUUAUUAUUGGCUUUUGGGUUGUUGGAUCAUAGUUCUCAACCUCAAGUCGUUUGCUUAUACCUUAUUAGUGAAUAUGCAACCAUUUAUGCAUCUAGUUCUUUUUUCUUCUUUAAUCCUUUUCGUUUUAUGUAUGUAAAAUCCCUGACAUUGCAUCACCAGCAUUAAAACAGUCUUAAAGUUAGCUCAA